AUGUAUAUUCAAGAUGAUUUAUCCAAUAACUUUGCGACCUGGAAUUAUACAUUUCAAAUUAUUUUCAAAAUGAAGGGAAUCACCGAAAGAGUUGGACACGAUGUUGUUGUAGAGACAGCAGGAAAUAGUGGAGCCUGUGGUGUACGCUUUACUGUCGGAAAGUCUUAUAUCGUAACGGGAAGAAAAAGAUCCGAUGGAAUGAAAGAAACUGAUUCCUGCAGUUUUAUAAGUCAACUGAACAAUCUGUCACCAUAUCAAUCGUUUUACCUGUUUACAAGAGGUUCCUUUUCGUACAAUAGAAACUGUAGAAGAGGAUGCAAAAUUGGUCCAGAGUCAAAAGGUUGUGGAUAUCAGAAGGAAAACGAAGAUUAUACGACUACCGAAUGCCUGGAUAACAAAGCGCUGUGUCAAAGAAAAGGACGGCAGUGCCGCUGGGUUAAUAACGAAACCUGUAAACCCAUGUAUUUCAUCACGCGGACUUCAGGGGGCUGA